UCUGGAAAGUUUUGUUUUCCUGUCCAGCCCCACCCACAGGCAGAUUUGGGGAAAUCCACGAUGGGUGGCUGAAGUAGUGGCAUUUGUGAAGUUAAUGAACCUAGGAAGAGGGAGCCUCGUGCUUCCCGGCUGCCUGUUCGAUGAUUGGUCGAAGCAGUAGACGCACACGCACAUUGGCUGCGUUCAGCGGCGGGCUGAGCAACUGGAAGGAGGGCAGUAGAUGGAGCAAGAUGGCGGCUGUGGAAGGUGCUAUCAGCGACAGUGACCUGUGGCAGACCUGGCUUCCUAACCACGUCGUGUUCUCGCGCCUCCGGGAGGGACUGAAACACCAGCGCUCUCCAGAAACUGAGGAUCCAGCUUCUUCGUCGUCGUCCUCGUCGCCUCCUGUGCCGCCGCAGUUGCUGACGAAAAACAUAGUCUUCGGCCUGGGCGGAGAGCUCUUCUUGUGGGAUGGAGAAGGCAGCUGCUUUUUAGUGGUUCGUCUUCGGGGCCUCAGCAGUGGCAGCAAGCAACCCUCCCUCUCCCACUACCAGAAAUUGCUUUGCAUAAACCCACCUCUGUUUGAAAUUUAUCAAGUUUUGUUAAGUCCAACACAACAUCAUGUGGCACUUAUAGGAGCUAAAGGACUUAUGGUAUUAGAAUUACCUAAAAGGUGGGGGAAAAAUUCUGAAUUUGAAGGUGGCAAAGUAACAGUGAAUUGUAGCACCACUCCAAUUGCUGAGAGAUUUUUCACCAGUUCUACAUCUCUGACGCUAAAGCAUGCUGCGUGGUAUCCAAGUGAAAUGCUGGAUCCCCACAUAGUCCUGUUAACAUCAGACAAUGUAAUAAGGAUUUAUUCUCUGCGUGAGCCCCAGACACCCACUAAAGUGAUUCUACUUUCAGAAGCAGAAGAGGAAAGUCUAAUACUCCAUAAAGGAAGGGCAUAUACUGCAUCUCUAGGAGAGACAGCAGUUGCAUUUGACUUUGGGCCGCUGGCAGCAGUCCCAAAGAAUGUAUUUGGACAGAAAGGCAAAGAUGAAGUAGUGGCAUCCCCGCUCUACAUCCUGUAUGAGAAUGGGGAGACUUUCCUUACAUAUGUUAGCCUGUUACAGAGCCCGGGGACUAUUGGAAAGCUGUUGGGUCCACUGCCCAUGCAUCCUGCGGCUGAAGAUAACUAUGGUUACGAUGCUUGUGCCAUCCUCUGCCUGCCCUGUGUGCCCAACAUCUUGGUGAUCACUACCGAGUCAGGAAUGCUGUAUCACUGUGUGGUGCUGGAGGGGGAAGAAGAAGAUGAGCACACACCGGAAAAAUCCUGGGAUUCCAGGGCUGAACUCAUUCCUUCUCUGUAUGUGUUCGAAUGUGUCGAGCUGGAGCUUGCCUUGAAACUGGCAUCUGGAGAAGAUGACCCCUUUGACUGUGAUUUUUCUUGUCCAAUCAAGCUUCACAGAGAUCCCAAGUGUCCUUCAAGAUAUCACUGUACUCAUGAAGCUGGUGUACACAGUGUUGGGUUAACCUGGAUUCAUAAACUUCACAAAUUUCUUGGAUCAGAUGAAGAAGAUAAAGAUAGUUUACAAGAACUUGCUGCAGAACAAAAAUGCUUUGUGGAGCACAUCCUUUGUACAAAGCCAUUGCCGUGCAGGCAGCCAGCUCCAAUUCAAGGAUUCUGGAUCGUUCCUGAUAUCCUGGGCCCCACGAUGAUCUGCAUCACCAGUACUUACGAAUGCCUUAUAAGACCGCUAUUAAGUACAGUCCACCCAGCAUCGCCUCCUCUGCUUUGUACCCAAGAUGAUGUUGAAGUUACAGAGUCUCCUCUCCGUAUUCUGGCUGAAACCCCUGAUUCCUUUGAGAAGCAUAUCAGAAGCAUUCUGCAACGCACUGCUGCCAAUCCAGCGUUUCUGAAGUCAUCUGAAAAGGAUUUGGCGCCGCCUCCUGAAGAAUGUCUCCAGCUUAUCAGCAGAGCCACCCAGGUGUUCAGAGAACAGUACAUUCUUAAGCAGGACCUGGCAAAGGAGGAGAUUCAGAGAAGGGUCAAAUUAUUAUAUGACCAGAAAAAGAAACAACUAGAUGAUCUCAAUUACUGUCGAGAAGAGAGAAAAAGUCUGCGGGAAAUGGCUGAGCGCUUAGCUGACAAAUAUGAAGAAGCCAAGGAAAAACAAGAAGACAUUAUGAACAGGAUGAAAAAAGUACUUCACAGUUUCCACUCUCAGCUCCCAGUUCUCUCUGAUAGUGAGAGAGACAUGAAGAAAGAACUGCAGCUGAUUCCUGACCAACUUCGACAUCUGGGCAAUGCCAUCAAGCAGGUCACUAUGAAAAAAGACUAUCAGCAGCAGAAGAUGGAGAAAGUGCUGAGCCCUCAGAAGCCCACCAUUACUCUGAGUGCCUACCAGCGGAAGUGCAUCCAGUCUGUCCUCAAGGAAGAGGGUGAACACAUAAGAGAAAUGGUGAAGCAAAUCAAUGAUAUCCGCAAUCAUGUAAACUUCUGAUGCCACCAAGAAGAGUCACACCUGAAGUUAGAACAACUGAAGGUUUACACCGUAUUGUAAAAUAAACAGGUAGCCCUAAUUUAUAAAGACACUUGGAUGAACUUUGGUGUGUUGUCUGUUUUUAAUAUCCGUUUUCUAAGUACUGAAUAAAUGCUUUUAUUUGAAAAUUGCAA